AUGGCGCCGAAGCAGGACCCGAAGCCUAAGUUCCAGGAGGGUGAGCGAGUGCUGUGCUUCCACGGGCCUCUUCUCUAUGAAGCCAAGUGUGUGAAGGUUGCCAUAAAGGACAAACAAGUGAAAUACUUUAUACAUUACAGCGGUUGGAAUAAAAACUGGGAUGAGUGGGUCCCCGAGAGCAGGGUGCUCAAAUACGUGGACACCAACCUGCAGAAGCAGCGGGAACUGCAGAAGGCCAAUCAGGAACAGUAUGCAGAGGGCAAGAUGAGAGGGGCGGCCCCCGGGAAGAAGGCGGCGGGACUGCAGCAGAAGAGCGUCGAAGUGAAAACAAAGAAGAACAAACAGAAAACCCCUGGGAAUGGAGACGGUGGCAGCACCAGCGAGACCCCUCAGCCUCCUCGCAAGAAGAGGGCGCGAGUGGAUCCGACUGUGGAAAACGAGGAGACGUUCAUGAACAGAGUGGAAGUCAAAGUGAAGAUUCCCGAGGAGCUGAAGCCGUGGCUGGUGGACGACUGGGACCUCAUCACCCGCCAGAAGCAGCUCUUUUAUCUUCCCGCCAAGAAGAAUGUGGAUUCCAUCCUGGAGGAUUACGCAAAUUACAAGAAGUCUCGCGGGAACACGGAUAACAAGGAGUACGCGGUGAACGAGGUGGUGGCCGGCAUCAAGGAGUACUUCAACGUCAUGCUGGGCACGCAGCUGCUCUACAAGUUCGAGCGGCCGCAGUACGCCGAGAUCCUGGCGGACCACCCCGACGCGCCCAUGUCCCACGUGUACGGCGCGCCGCACCUGCUGCGGCUGUUCGUCCGCAUCGGCGCCAUGCUGGCCUACACGCCGCUGGACGAGAAGAGCCUGGCCCUGUUACUGAAUUACCUGCACGACUUCCUCAAGUAUCUGGCAAAGAACUCGGCGACUUUGUUCAGCGCCAGCGACUACGAGGUGGCCCCUCCCGAGUACCACCGGAAGGCCGUGUGA